CAAAAACAACAACAGAUCUAAACUGUUCGACAUACUGAAUACUGUUCUUUUCUUGCUUUUUAAACUUCUGGAUUUCUAUAAGUUGCUUUACAGUUCCUUAUACAUUCGGAUACAACGCAAUUUCGAAAAAAUGCAACAACUCUGUGUUUUCAGGUUAAAUGUUAUACUCCUUUGUCUCCUGUCUGCUAACGUUAGCUUCUAGCAGGUUAGCUUUUUUAAACUGGGGACGGGAGGGAGCCGCUUGGCCAGAAGAAUUCCCAAGGCCAGAGAUAUCUAUGGCAAAGCCAGACCGCAAGACCACCCGGUGGAGAUUCUGACCUCCACCAAUGACCACCAAUAUCAUUUCAUCAUCUCUCAUCAUGUCGCCGCAGAAGAGACCCCUGGUCCCCGUGAGCAGCCGGCGGAAAGCAGCGGACAACCACUUCCCUUUCAACUUCCUGCCGGUGGAGUGCCAGCUGCACGUACUGUCCUUCCUGAACGAGGUGGACAAAUGCAGCUGUGCCCUGGUUUGCUUGAGCUGGAGCCGCCUCGUCCGCUCGUGGAAGCUGUGGCGGGUGGCGGACUACUCCCGCCGCGGCGUCUUCCACCUGGGCCAGGAGGGGCUGCUGGUUUCCAACCGCGAGUUCGAGAGGUGGAAGGCCUGGGUCCACCAUUACACCCAUCACCUCAUCUCGCGGCGGGCCAGCCUGCUCACGCUGAAGGCCAGCUUUGACCUCGGGGAUCGCUGCAACAAGUGGUGCGAGCUACUGAGUCGCCUGCUGGAGAACGUCCACUGCAGAGACCUCAGCCACCUGAACCUGAACUGGACGUUUACUCUGCUGGAGCCGCUGGACCUCAGGGUCCACUCCAGCUCCAGUUCGCACCAGGACAGCAUUACAAAGAUGGACCAGGUGACCAGUUUUCAGGAGCUGCUGACCAAACUCACCCACAGCUGCCCGCGCGUCUCCAAGAUGCGGUUGCACUUCGACUGGUCGGACGAGUCUGUGUCGCUGCUCACCCAGUUCCAGCAGCUCCGCGUCCUUGAGCUCAAAUACUUCUGGGUCUUUAAAGGGGUGACCCCCACAACACUGCAGACCCUCACCAAAUCCCUACCCAACCUGAAGUCCCUGACUUUACAGAUCCUGGUGCCGCUCAGGAACCUGGGCAUCUCGUACACCCUGGAAUCUCAAUCCCUAGAGUUCCUGGACGUGUCGCCCAGCCGAGGCCUGGUCUUCUCCUGUCUGAGGCUCCCCGCCCUGCGCGAGCUCCGCGCCAAGAAGAUCGUCCGUGGCAUCACGCUGGACCGGAGGACCAGGCUGAGGAUCCAGAGCCGGUGGCCUUGCCUGUACUGCGUCCUCCGGGAGGGGACGCCCAAGCUUCAGGCCCUCAACAAUGAGCGGCUGCUUCCCACAUGGAGAGAGGACGGCUACGGGGAGCUGUCUGCCAUCCUGGAACAGUCCUGUUACUGCGUCCAGCAUCUAGACAGCUGGCUGUGGUAGACGACUGAGACUUGAAAUGAAGAUCCUUCCAUCGGUGGUCCUUAGCGAUGUACUGCUUUUGCACACCAAAGUUUGUCCCCAUUUAGAUAAACUGAGCAUGUUGUCAGGGGGACAAAAAAAGAGUCUUCAAGUGAAAUCAAAGGACUGCAAGUUUUUUCUUUUCUUUUCUAAUUCUUUAAGAGGAAGCUGCUGUUACACGUUCCCAAGAAGACAUUGAUGCACAGCGUGUCUGCAGCUGUUUCUUUUAGAUUUUCUCCGCAAAGCAAAGGUGCUAUAUGCUGAUUGCUCUGUGUUGCGCUGGCUUGGAUACAUUCCCACCAGAGCUCUUUACGCUGGUCUACCUGGAGUUAUGGAGAUUGCCUUUCAAACAGUGAUGGAGCGCUGGGGGAAAAAAAUUGUAUGUGAAGUUUUAUUUUCAUUCCUGUUUUACUAGACUUGUUCCGAUACCAAUACCAGUAUCGAUAAUGCCUCUGAUCACCGAUCUGAUAUCACGUUAUCAUAUCAUAUCAUUUAUUUACGCAAAACAGAAACAAUAAAAAACAUGUGCCACUCGUAUCUGAUCUGAUAUACUGAUCUGUAUAUCCUGCCUGAUCGCACAUAGGCAAACUAGGACUACACACCUGUUUGUAAACACUCGUGCACCCUGAUGAUGCUACAUUGUGAACAACAAAUCAGCAGAGUUACAUUAUGAUUCAAUUGAGUGAAAAUUUGUAUUAGUUGAAAGAAAUGAUAACUUUAUGAUGUGUUCAAAUUCAUUUUUGUAAAAUGUCUUUGGUGAGAAACUUGAAUAAAUCCAGUUGUUUGAAGGAGA